GAGAGAAAGGGGGGAGUAAACAAGAACGCAUGCUCACGAGAGAGGCAGCAAAUGAUGUCAUGGCUUGUGCUGGUCUGUGCUCGCUCUUUUCCUCCCCACCUUCUGCUCUCCAUCUCCAUCUCUUCUCUGUACAUCGCUAUCAUCAUUGUGAAGGUGGUGUGAGUGGCAGGGCUAGGAGGAAGACACGCAGCAUCAGCACAGGCAUCCCCAACAUCAUCGUCACUCAGAAUUCCUUCACCUAACAGGGCAGAAUGGCAGAGGGCUCCGUAUCAGUAGCAGAGGUGGAGACGUCCUUCAAGAAGUUUGCCAUUCAUGGGGACACCAAGGCUACUGGGAAGGAGAUGAACGGGAAGAACUUUGCCAAACUCUGCAAGGACUGCCGGGUCAUCGAUGGCAAGAACGUCACUGCCACCGAUGUGGACAUUGUCUUCACUAAAGUCAAGGCGAAGACAGCUCGUGUGAUCGCCUUUGAGCAGUUCAGCCAGGCCCUGUCAGAGUUGGCCCCGAAGCGUUUUAAAGGGAAGUGCCAGGAGGAGGCGCUGCAGCAGCUCUACGGCCUCAUAGCAGGGAGGGAGCCUGCCAACGCUGGCGUCACUAAAGUGGCCAAGGCAGCGGCGGUGGACAGACUGACAGACACCACCAAAUUCACAGGGGCACACAAGGAGCGGUUUGACGAGUCAGGCAAAGGGAAGGGCAAGGCCGGGCGAGUAGACAUUCCAGAUGCCAGUGGCUAUGUGGGUGCCUACAAGGGCAAGGGCACCUAUGAGGAUAAGGUCAAGGAAGCAUAGGCAGGACAGAGGGAGAGAGAGAUAUGCUCAGUCAGUUACCCCAAAUACCCCCCCUAAAUAGUGUAAUUUAAGUGAGAACUUGUGUAAAUGUAUAUUAAUGCACAUACUGCGCAGGUAGGAUGGGCUGGUCAGUCACUGAGUCAAAGUAUUAUAUAUCCUUUAACGUUGCAUGUUGGGGUGGUGGUUGUUAGGAUGGAGAGGGGAGGUGUAAGGGUGAGGAGUAAACCUGGAUAGAAAACAAAACAGUGACCAAAUUCUAUGUCAAUAAAAAUGUGAAUAAUAUUUAGAUAUAUUCACCUUCCCAAGCGCUCCAACCCCUGACCCUAUCCCUCCCAGCUUCACUAGAUGCCUCUGUAUGAGUCGUUUUUACUUGUUUAUGUGUUGUGUAUAAUAUAUACUGAACAGAAAUAUAAACGUAUCAGGGACAGUAAAAGGCCACUCUAAAAUGUGCAGUUUUGUCACACAACACAAUACCACAGAUGUCUCAAGUUUUGAAAGAACAUGCUCCAGAGCUGUAGCCAGGGAAUUUAAUGUUCAUUUCUCUGCCAUAAGCCACCUUCAAUGUCGUUUUAGAGAACUUGGCAGUACAUCCAACCGCAUACCACGUGUAUGGGGUCGUGUGGGCGAGCCAUUUUCUGAUGUCAACUUUGUGAACAGAGUGCCCCAUGGCGGCAGUGGGGUUAUGGUAUGGUUAGGUAUAAGCUACAGGUAACAAACACAAUUGCAUUUUAUCGAUGUCAAUUUGAAUGCACAGAGAUACCGUGAUGAGAUCCUGAGGCCCAUUGUCGUGCCAUUUAUCCGCUGCCAUCACCUCAUGUUUCAGCAUGAUGUCAUAAGGAUCUGUACACAAUUCCUGGAAGCUGAAAAUGUCCCAGUUCUUCCAUGGCCUGCACACUCACCAGACAUGUCACCCAUUGAGCACGUUUGAGAUGCUCUGGAUCUACGUGUACAACAGUGUGUUCCAGUUCUCGCCAAUAUCCAGCAACUUUGCACAGCCAUUGAAGAGGAGUGGGACAACUUACCAUGAAAUUAUGAAUUACAAACCCUUAACCAACAAUGCAGUUAAGAAAAAUAAGAGUUAAGAAAAUAUUUACCAAAUAAACUAAAAGUUUUAAAAAGGUUAACAGUAACGAGGCUCUAUAUACAGGGGUACCGGUACCGAGUCAAUGUGCAGGGGUACAGGUUAGUUGAGGUAAUUGAGGUAUGUACAUGUAGGUAGGUGGAAAGUAUUCCCAAACAUGUGAAAUCCAUAGAUUAGGGCCUAAUGAAUUUAUUUAAAUUAACUGAUUUCUGUAAUAUUGUAACUCAGUAAAAUAUUUGAAGUUGUUGCAUGUUGCGUUUAUAUUUUUGUGACCAGUAACCCAUGACCCAACAUUUUGUGCCCUCUAGUGUACAAAACAAGUUAAAACAUCCCUAGACAUAACAUAUACAACACAUGAAAUUAUAUAUAGGCAGGCCAAAUGCCUCCUUCAGCCUCAGUCAUCACUCCUAUUACUGCAGGAACUCACUUAGUUCUCUACUACUACUACCACACAUUUUGCCUUAUCAUUGAGGUUGCUACUAACACUAAUGCCCUAGAUUUAUACACUGCUUUCACCCAGCCUUCUCUACUGAUGUCCUUAGCUUUCAUCUGCUCUGCUAUAAUAACUGUAUAUUGUAAAUAGAGAUAGUUGAAUGGAUGGAUGAAUGAAUGAAUAAACAAAUGGAUAGAUGAUGUAAUAGAUUAAUGAAUGGUGAAUGAAUGAGAAGAGAUUUCCACUGUAUCUGUACAGUGUAGCGCUUUGCCUGUGCUUUAGAAAUGAAGAGAGAAUAAGAGACCGAUGAGGACAUUCCUCCACUCCUGCAGUGAGGAAUGACUAAAUGAAUUGUUCUGUUGGAGGACUGGGAGCCUCCUGACUGCACUGCAUUGUCUCCUAUUGGGUUGUUGUUCUGUCCCUACUGAUCACGGUCUGUUGUGUUUUGUAUAGUUUAUCUGUGUCUCCCUCUAUUCUGAAAAGCUAUAAGAGUAUGUACAUGUUCAAAUAAAUCACUGAGCAGCAAUUCA